ACCAUUUUCGCGUCUUCAACUUCAACUGUGAGACCAUCUAUCUGGAACGAUUAAGGAACACCAGGCACUGACCAGGCACCAGCAACAACUCCUUUUCUAGUAGAUAGCUAUACAUGACUGGGCUUCGACUUUCCUCCUGGACAAUUUGACAGAGAUGGUUUCUCGGAAUUCAAGUGACUGACUGUCUACGCCAGUUCCAGCAUGGAUUCGAGGUGUGUUUUUUCGCCUUCGCCGGCCUCGUCAACUAAUUCACAGCCCAUUGACGAUGAGAUGAACAGAGAGACCAUUAUAAUUUAUAUGUGCAAAAACUGCAAGUCGAUUGUCGGCAACGACAGGUUCAAGAUUGAUAUUCAAAAUGAUGGAAAGAUAAUCUUUUUUACUGAACUGGACAACUGCCUCAUGGAGAGCUCGGUGAAAACGUCCAGACAGGUCUUCGACAUGAAGUGCCGCUUCAGAAACGUCGAAUGCGCGCAGUGCCAUCGCCACCUUGGCAGACAGUAUUGCGAAGUGACGGAAAAAUUCAAACAAUUCCUUGGACUCAUUGGCAUCGCCGUGUCUGAAAUUUCCUCGACCAGCAUGCAGGUGCCGAGACUCCCAAAGGUCGACGUCAGUGGCUCCGAGCUAGAAAAGAGGGUCAAACUGCUCGAGGACAAGAUCAACGGGAUGACCCAGCAAAUUGAAGAUCUGGCAUGCGUCUGCAUUGAUGCCUGCAAAGACAGGGUUGGAAUCAAAGAAGCUGUGGCAAAUUUACUAGUGCUUAUUUCCAAAGAACUCGGGCAAGACGAUUAGCUUAAUUUUCAGUUAAUUGUGUAUUACGACCCGUAGGUUGUUGAUUGCAUAUUACCAUAAACGCUGUGGCUGACACGAAUCCUUGCGAUAUUAUACCUAAAUUGUGUUAAAAUAAAAUAAAUCAAGGGAUGUGAUGAUGUAAGAAACUCCUUUA